AUGUUAUCCCCGAGCGUGCGCUACCAGAAGCCCUGUCAGAGUCUCUCAAGGACCAUUGUCGACGUUUGCACCCGCUUACUAGAAGAGAUACAAACGGUGUUACUCAAGUAUCAUGCUUUGGACGAUAAGAAUGGUAAAGCACGAAAAAUAUGGAAGAGACUUCGCUGGGAACCGGAUGACGUUAAAGAUAUGCGACAGCGAUUAACCUCCAAUAUUGUGUUGUUAAGCACCAUCAAUGACACACUGAAUGGCCAAUAUCUGGCCAAGGUCCAGGAGGGCAUUGAUAAGCUUCAUGACUUCAAUGAAGACCAGGAGUUCAUUCGAACUCACGGCAAUCCUUUGUUCUACAGCUUGCAGCAGCUUCUCAACUUGGACACACUCGGAACAGUAAAGUGGUUCCUUACUAGCAGGGACGUUCCGGAGAUACGGUCCGUCAAGGACGCUUUCAAAGCUGUCGAAAUUAGUCCAAACCUCACGAACACUUCCAAAGACAUCCGUGCCUUUCUCGACGCCCAGAGGAUCUGCCCAACUCACGAUGAGCCCUGGUUUGACACAGACGAACACAAAUUUCUCUAUGCAGCGCUGAUCUGUGAGAUUGCAAAGAACAAGGCCUACAGAACUAAGCAAGGAGCCAUUGAUGCCCUGAAAAGCUUCCCCAGAGGCUUGGAAGACUGCUAUAUCAAGUCGCGAACCUUUCGAAUCCUUACAUUGUCGGAAAAGGAACUUACCCUGAUGGAGCUUAUUGACGCCCUCAAGUCUUAUACUGAUCCUGCCAACGAUGGCAUCAAGUCCAAGAAAGAUGCACUUCGCGUUUACGAUAGAGUAAAGGACGUCUGCAGCCCGUUGAUCACCAUGGAAGACACGAAUGAUUCUCAGAAGAUCUCACAGUGCCACAAGUCAGUCAAGGACUUUUUUAUCGACCCAAAGAACAAGAGGAGAAUUGAAGAGUACCUGCCGGACUUUAUCGACGAGAACAAAGCGUUAGAGGAGCUUGGAGUCAGUUGCAUCGAGUAUCUCAGUGAGGAACGAUACCAAGUUCCGUCUGACCUAAAAGCGCUGGUCACAAGGUCAGAGUCAUCCUACAACAAUGCUUUCCUUCGCUACGCCGCCGUCCUUUGGCAUAUGCAUAUGCAAGACAUAACGCCAAGCUCUGAAACCCUGAAGACUGUUGAAGACUUUCUCAAGAGCCCUGCAUUUUGGCCUUGUAUCUACGUACAAAGUCACGCAGCUCCUCAUCUUUUCGCACGGUAUAAGCGGGAAACAAGUCAUUAUAAGCCGAUCCUGGGAACAAUACCUAAUGCAGGACUUCAAUUUGCACUUCCCCUGCCACCAUGGAAAGAAGACUCUUCGUCCGCAGAUUACGUAUCGCUGGACCGCUCAUUCUGUGCUUUUGUUCUGGACUGGGGCGAACUUCUUACUAAGAACCCUGAUCAACUUCAUCAUGCUGUUCCGCUCACUCUUUAUAAACCCAGCUGUCACCUCAAAGCUCCCAGCGGGCUUCAAAAAUUUCACAUCAAAUAUGUUGCCAAGUUACUCGAAUCAACGACCGAGAUGCGUGUAUUGGAGUCGUCGUUCUCUUCUACGGGUAAGAAACGUGGUAAAACACUGCAGCUUCAGGUCAUUCGCGAGAACGGUUUGAUGCCCCAUCGCUGGGUCAAAGUGAAUCAAGUGGAUGUCUUCUCUCGGUCGAAGUCUGAUCAAAAUAGAGAGGUCGUCCUCGACUCAUCAGCCCCUGACAGCGAAUGUAUCACCACAAUUGCCCGGGAUAGCAAGAAGGGCGACUCCUUUCUACAGAGUUGGAAAGUAAACAGUCGUGAUUUGAGUAUUACUCGUUGCCUUCUGGGGGACGCGUCAGGGAACCGAGUUGAUCAGGCCCCUCCGCAAGUGUGUAGAGACCUGGACUUGGGACUGGAUGGCAAAGGACAAUGGAAUCUAGUGCAGAUUGAUGUCGUUACACAGCCGACUCGAAAAGACUCGGAUUCAACGACUCGGCUAUUCUAUUUCCGCAAGGGUCAAUGCCUGGUUCAUCCCCAUGAAAGAGCAAAGUCACCCAAUAAUGUAAUCGUCAGCAACUCAGAUUCCCAAGACAGUAGUUCAGACUCUGAUGGCGACUUUGGUUGGAGUUCGGACUCUGAUGAUGACUCUGAUUCAAGUGAUACGCACAGUAUCAAUGGGGAGAGGAAUGAAAGCCUGGAAACUUCAGAUAUUCUGGAUGGAGGACGCAAAGAGCCGAUGACAGAAUGUCUUAUCGUGGCAAAUGACUUUGGCAGACCUGUUUGGCGACCAAUCCAGACCGACCACUUAUCAUGGUCUAGGAUAAUAGGCACUCGUCAUCCGGCAUUGCCUAUCGUAGCUGUCUCUUAUAAGUUUGGUGGACUCGACUUACUCAACGACGAUAGUGGCUCCAGUACAAGUUUGGAGAUCUCUGAAAAGGGGCAAAACAAAACGCUAGAGCCGGUGGCAGUGUCACGAGAGGUGCAAUUCUCGCCGUGCGGGAAAUUCCUCACUCUUUUGUCCAUCAGCCUUUACCAGAAGGACGUCCGUGUGGAGUGUCAAGUCACUGUGUCAUGCUUCGAAUUUCUUCAAACUACUUCUGGAUAUAGCUUCCAAACUCGCAAGAAUGGCAUAUUGACAAGCUUUAGCUACAGAUUCCUGGGCAAGGUCGACGAACUACCUCGACCGUACAUCAUGACAAACUGGACAGCUGAAUACGUUGUCUUAGCUCUGCCUCCAUUGACCUAUAGUCCGAAGAUCAUUAAAAUAUCGCUCUCGCCUGUCUAA